AUGUCUCUUAUCUACGGGUUGGUAGCUCGAGGUUCUGUCAUUUUGGCAGAAUACACCAGUUCUUCUGGUAAUUUCACUCAAGUAACCCAGGCGAUUCUUGAAAAGAUUCCACCAAAUAACUCCAAGCUGACAUAUGUUUACGACAGAUAUCUUUUUCAUUAUAUUUGCGAAGAUGGGCUCACUUACAUGUGUAUGGCUGAUGAUACGUUUGGACGACGAAUUCCGUUUUCCUUUCUGCAGGAUAUUAAAGAACGGUUUUUAGCUGCUUAUCCGAAAGAAAGAGCAAAUACAGCAUUGCCUUAUGGUAUGAACGAGUUUUCAAAAGUUAUUGCAAAACGAAUGGAAUAUUUUUCAAAUAAUCCAAAUGCUGAUAAAAUUAAACAAGUGCAUGGAGAAAUUGAACAAGUUAGAGAUGUUAUGGUUCAUAACAUUGAACGUGUUUUGGAACGUGGAGAAAGAAUUGAGCUUUUGGUUGACAAAACCGAUACUCUAAACCAACGAGCAUUCGCCUUCAAAAAGCGAAGUACUGCGUUGAGGGUUUGUGGUCAUUUACAUACAUAUAAAUUUUUAAAAUUUUAUGACAUGGCAUUGAAUAUUGAAUUUUGA